UACGGAGUAAUAAAAAGUUUCAACCGAAAAUCUCACAAUUUGGGAAAAAACUCUAGAUCAAUAAACCCUCAAACGUCAAAACCAUCGCUACCCGCUAGAAGAAACCCUCAGGGCGCACACCGGUCGCCGCUCUCCCGUCAUCCAACGCCGUCGGCGGCUUCUCCGUGAAUCCGAGUAUUGAGCUGCUUUCAGAACCAAGAAAUGAACUUUGGCAGACUGAAGAAUGUGCUAGCUGCUACAGCCAUUGAAGGGGUAGCUGAGGCAAGGGCCAGGAUAUUUGGUCAUGUGCUUAACCCAACCGGGCAGAGGUCAUCUCACAAGGUAUUACGCAAGAAGCUUAUUGGUGAAAAGGUAUCACAAUGGUACCCACAUGAUAUCAUGAAAGAUGAUCCUCUUGUGAUGGCACGUCAAGAGCAAGAGCGACUGAGCAAGCUUGAAAUGCUGAAACGUCGUGGAAAGGGACCACCUAAGAAGGGCCAGGGCAAGCAGGCUAAGAAGCGCAACAAAUAGAGUUCACACUUUCACUGGCUUGCAACUGUUUCUAGUGUUACUGUUUGCUAUUUGAUAUCUAACUUUUUCCUGUUCUAUCUCUUGGGAUUUCUUACUGCUACUCAAACAUAUGCUUUCAAUACUCUCCAUGCUUGUUUCGAUGUCUAAUUCCCCCAAUAUCCAUUUAUUAGUGUAAAUAAAUAAACUAAUGUGAAGUUAGGGGCCGUUUGGUUCUAAUGCAAGCCAGGCAGGGAUUAGUUAUGCAGA